AUGGGCAGAAUCAUCUUCUACGAGGACAGGAACUUCCAGGGCCGCUCCUAUGAGACCAGCAGCGACUGCCCCGAGCUCACCUCCUACCUGAGCAGGUGUAACUCCUGCAGGGUGGAGAGCGGCUGCUUCAUGGUCUACGAGCGCCCCAACUUCAUGGGCCACCAGAUGCUGGUGAGGAGGGGCGAGUAUCCCGACAACCAGAGGCUGAUGGGCAUGAGCAUGAGUGACUGCAUCCGAUCCUGCCGCAUGAUCCCCAUGCACAGAGGUCCGUUCAGGAUGAGGAUCUACGAGAGGGAGAACUUCAGCGGUCAGAUGUCUGAGCUGAUGGACGACUGCGACUCCAUCCAGGAACGUUACCGCAUGUCCGACUGCCAGUCUGCUCAGGUGAUGGACGGCCACUGGCUGAUGUACGAGCAGCCCCAGUUCAGAGGCAGGAUGAUGUACCUGAGGCCCGGAGAGUACAGGAGCAUGAGGGAAAUGGGGAUGGGCCCCAUGGACAUGAGGAUCGGAUCCAUCAGACGCAUCAUGGAGUCCUGUUAG